AUGACUCCUACUUUCUCAUCGGGAAAAAUGAAGAUGAUGCACAACACGUUUGUAGCUGUUGCUAAAGAAUUUCAAAAUUAUUUUGAACAAAUAGCCAAGAAGAACCAAACGAUUGAAGUAAGGGAUGUUUUUUCUCGAUUUACGAUAGACGUUAUUGGAAAUUGUGCUUUUGGAAUUGAAUGUAACACUCUUAAGCAACCAGAUACGGAGUUCCGCAGAGUUAAUGACAUAAGGAGGAAUGAUUUUCUAUCACUUUUAAUUGACAUAAAAAAUACGGGAAAACUUAGAGGUGAUGAUACGGAUUUGGGUAAAAUUACUCUUGAAGAAUUGGUCGCACAAACAUUUGUAUUUUUCAUUGCGGGCUACUCCACAUCUUCCUCAACUUUGACGUUUGCUUUCUACGAACUAGCUGUUAAUCAAGAUAUUCAGGAAAAAGCCAGAGGAGAAGUAAAUCGUAUUCUGGAGAAAUACAACGGAGAAUAUACUUAUGAAGCAUGUAUGGAGAUGAAGUACAUCGAUCAGAUCAUUAAAGAAACACUGAGGAAGCAUACGGCAAUUGAUUUCCUUAUAAGGAGUUGUAGUCAAGAUUAUCCAGUUCCCGGAACUAGUCAUGUAAUUGAAAAAGGAACAUUCUUAACAAUUCCAAUCUAUGGAAUUCAUCAUGAUCCCGAAAUCUAUCCAGAUCCUGAGAAGUUUGAUCCUGAAAGAUUUGCCGAAGAGAACAUCAAGAAUCGACAUCCUUUUGCUUGGCUUCCCUUCGGAGAAGGUCCUAGAAACUGCAUUGCGAUUAAGUUUGGUAUGAUGCAAACUAAGAUUGCAUUGGCGGUAUUUCUUUCGAAAUACCGGGUUGACAUAUCUCCUGAAACUGUUAUACCACCUAUUUUGGACAAUUUACGUUUUGUACGGUCGCCAAAAGGUGACGAUACGGAUUUGGGUAAAAUUACUUUUGAAGAACCGGCUACAAAACGUUUUUUAUUCUUCAUUGCGGCCUACGACACUUCUUCGUCGACUAUGACAUUUGCUUUGUAUGAGUUAGCGCUUCAGCAGGACAUUCAGGAAAAAGCCAGAGAAGAAGUGAAUCGUAUUCUGAAGAAAUACAACGGAGAAUAUACUUAUGAAGCCUGUAUAGAAAUGAAAUAUAUCGAUCAAAUAAUUAAAGAAACAUUGAGGAAACAUCCAGUAGUCGAUUUCAUCGCACGGAUUUGUGGUCAAGAUUAUCCAGUUCCCGGAACUAAACAUAUUAUCGAAAAAGGGACUUUUAUAACAAUUCCAGUCUAUGGAAUUCAUCAUGAUCCUGAAAUCUAUCCAAAUCCUGAUAAGUUUGAUCCUGAAAGAUUUACCGAAGAGAACAUCAAGAAUCGACAUGCUUGUGCUUGGCUUCCCUUCGGAGAAGGCCCCAGGAACUGCAUUGGAAUGAAGUUUGGUAUGAUGCAAGUUAAGAUUGGACUGGCAAUAUUUCUUUCGAAAUACAAGGUUGCCAUAUCUCCUGAAACUGUUAUACCACUUGUUUUGAAAAAAAUAACUUGUCGAUGGUCAUCAAGACAUCAUUUAUAUGGCUCAAUAUUGAAAUGA